ACAUCUGCCAACCUGACCCCCCCACAGCCUGAACCCCACCUCUGGCCACAAGACCACCUCUGACCACUCCAAUCACCAUGUCUGAAGUUCCAGAGAUCAGCGUUGGGGGCCCCUCAGUGGCCAGUGCCCCCGCCCAGACCCCCGCCCUGCCCAUCUCCCCUGCCCAGACAAGCCCCCCAGCCCCCACCCAGGGGGACACUCCCACAAAGAUCAAGAAGGACAAAAAACGAGGGUCGGAGAAGACCGAGGAGUACCUGCUGACCCGCUUUAAGGGUGAUGGGGUGAGGUAUAAGGCCAAACUGAUCGGUGUGGAUGAGGUGUGCGAGGCUCGGGGGGACAAGAUGUGCCAGGACUCCAUGAUGAAGCUCAAAGGAAUGGCUAUCGCUGCUCGCUCUCAAGGUUUGCACAAGCAGAGAAUCUGGGUUAACAUCUCCAUGGGGGGCAUCAGGAUCAUCGAUGAGAAGACAGGAGUGAUAGAGCACGAACACUCUGUGGACAAGAUCUCCUUCAUCGCUCGGGAUGUUACUGAUAACCGUGCAUUUGGUUAUGUGUGUGGAGCUUCGGGGCAGCACCAGUUCCUGGCCAUCAAGACUGCUCAACAGGCGGAGUCACUGGUGGUGGAUCUGAAAGAUCUUUUCCAAUUGAUCUUCAACAUGAAGAAAAAGGAGGAAACGGAAUCCAAGCCAGAGGUUGAUGGAAAUACAUCCACCGAGAACGGCAGUGGAGCGCUGCUAAGCUUCGAUGACCAGAAGACGACAAGGGGAGUGAAGAGUAGCCUCGAUGGCCUGGAGCUAUUUGGAGACAUGUCCACCCCACCUGACAUCCACACUCCCUCGGACACUAACGGCGUUUCCUCGUCCACUUUCUUACUGGAUCUGACUCCUGCCCCAGCCAGCGUCUCUGCGGAGGCUCCGUGUGCCAGCGGCUUCCCCUCCUCGCUGGCUUUCUUCCCCACCCCAGACCCCAACCCUUUCGGCCACGAUCCCUUCACUGUGUUCAGCCCUCAGCCCCCCAACCCCAGCGAAGGCUCUCUCCCUGGGGGUCCCAACAUCAACGUCAACGGACUGAGCAGGGAGCUUACUGGCUGUGACUCUGAGCUGGUGAACGGGAGAGCGGGGGGCUUGGAGGGGCUCUGGAGACUUGACCAGUUGGAAUCCUCCGCAUCAGCCCUGAAUGGAUCCCUCAACCAAGGCUCCGGAAGUGACCGAGCGAGCAGCCAUGCGGGCAGCACCUACACCAACCCCUUUGCCAAGCGCCAGGCUGUGCCGUCACCACCGGUAAGGAACCUGGAGCCAGGCCAACGCCAAUCGGACCUCGUCCACAAGCCCCCCCGAGACUCUGUCGUGCUCUCCCCACCGCCCCAGACGGCACGAGGCAGAAGGAACGUCAAGUCUCCUGGUGACCUGCCCUCUGGUGACCCCUUUGGCUCUGGCAUGUUUGAGGCUGGCGCUCCAGCUAGUCAACCAUCUCCCAGCUACCCCCUCGGCCUCCUCACCGUGCCCACCACAGCACCAACACUGGCCAGUCCAGGUCUGGUCGGACCCUCUCCCCCCGGACCGUGGGGCCCACCCGCUCCGACUGCCGUGGCUCCCAGACCAGCAGGGUUCAUACACCCCAACGUCUUCAGCCAAGCUCCCGUGGGCUGGGGGCAGCCCGGCACCUUUAUGUCCUCCGCCUGGGGGCAGGUUCCCCUCUCCCAGCCCGGGGUCUGGGGUCAUCCAGCCGCCCCCCAGGCUGCCCCAUUAACCCCCAACCCCUUCAGCCCACCAGUCGCCGUGCCCCUGGUGGGCCUGACCUCCUCCCAAAGCGCGGGACCCCCACAGCCUCCACCAAGACCCUCCGUGCUGGAGCCCCCCAAGCCCAGUGCCUUCAGUGGCCUGGACCCCCUGGGCGAACGAGACUCCAAGAGCGUCAAGGACCUGUUUAAAGAUUUCCAGAUUGCCAAGCCGCCCGCAGUGCCAGCCCGGCGAUCCGAGCCGGCCAGCGUUCCCGGGACCUCAGCCGCCUUCUCCCAGUAUUUCAGCAAAGUAGGUCUGGCCCAGGACACAGCCGACAACGAUGACUUUGAGAUCGCUCAGGUCUCCUCCGUCACCAACGCACCGUCACCUGUUGCUGGUGUUCACCUGAACGAGGUUGCCUCUCAUCCAGAGAAGGAGGAGAUGUUUAAUGAAACCGGCUUGGCAGCUUCCUCACUGGGGUUGGGCUGCGUCUCGGAGCAUCUCGCUCAUUCCAUCGCUCUCUCGUUCGCUCGCUAG